AUGUCGUGCCUUUUAUUGGGAGUCAUACGAAGGAAGGGUGGUGUCGGGGCGAGCGUCGGCGUUCGAUCUCUGGCCUCGAUCCCCUCACUGCCGCCGGCAGUGGCCGACUUUGUGAAGGGGGCUGUGGAGGAGUGUAAGCCUACCAAUGUACACGUGGUGACUGGGACGCCAGAAGAGACGGCCAACAUACUGGCAGGUCUGGAGAGGGAUGGCAUGGUCAAGAAGCUUCCCAAAUAUGAGAACUGUUGGUUGGCACGUACAGACCCAAAAGAUGUGGCCCGAGUGGAGAGCAAGACUGUGAUAGUGACCAAGAAGCAGAGAGACACGAUUCCCAUCCCCGCUGCAGGGGUGAAAAGCCAGCUGGGUAACUGGAUGAGUGAGUCUGACUGGCAGAAAGCCAGAGAGGAGCGUUUCCCUGGCAGCAUGGCUGGUCGGACUAUGUAUGUGAUUCCCUUCAGCAUGGGUCCCGUAGGCUCAGCUCUCACCAAAUAUGGUGUCCAGGUGACGGACUCUCCGUACGUUGUAGCCAGUAUGGGUAUCAUGACGCGUAUGGGCACUCCUGUUCUCAAUAAACUGGCUGAAGGAGUGGAGUUUGUGCGCUGUCAGCACUCCGUGGGGCGACCUUUACCGCUCAAAGCUCCUCUGGUGAACUCGUGGCCCUGCAACCCAGAAAAGGUGCUGAUAUCUCACCUGCCCGACACCAGGCAGAUCCUCUCCUUCGGCAGUGGCUAUGGAGGGAACUCUCUCCUUGGGAAAAAGUGCUUUGCCCUGCGCAUCGCCUCCCGCAUCGCCAAAGAUGAAGGCUGGCUGGCUGAGCACAUGCUGAUCCUAGGAAUCACCAGCCCUAAGGGUGUGAAGCGAUACAUCGCAGCUGCCUUCCCCAGCGCUUGCGGUAAAACCAACCUGGCCAUGAUGAAACCAGCUCUACCAGGCUGGAAGGUUGAGUGCGUGGGUGAUGACAUUGCCUGGAUGAAGUUUGACAGCCAAGGUAAAUUGAGAGCCAUCAACCCAGAGAACGGGUUCUUUGGCGUGGCCCCGGGCACCUCCAACAAGACCAACCCCUACGCCAUGGCUACUGUUGCUAAAAAUACUGUGUUCACCAAUGUUGGGGAAACCAGCAAUGGGGGGGUGUGGUGGGAAGGACUCGACCCCCCUCCUGCUGACAUCACGCUCACAGAUUGGCAUGGCAAAACCUGGAAACAAGGAAGCUCAACACCCUGCGCCCACCCCAACUCCCGCUUCUGUGCACCAGCGGCUCAGUGUCCCAUCAUUGACCCCCAGUGGGAGAGUGAGGAGGGUGUCCCCAUUGAUGCCAUCAUUUUUGGUGGGAGGAGGCCAGAAGGUGUCCCUCUGGUCUACGAGUCUUUCAACUGGCAGCACGGAGUAUUUAUUGGAGCUGCAAUGAGGUCCGAGGCCACAGCAGCUGCUGAGCAUAAAGGCAAGGUGAUCAUGCACGACCCCUUCGCCAUGCGGCCAUUCUUCGGCUACAACUUUGGCGACUACCUCGCUCACUGGCUGAGCAUGCAGAGCCGUAAGGCCCCCACUCAGCUGCCCAAGAUCUUCCACGUCAACUGGUUCAGAAAGGACCCGGCAACUGGCGCCUUCCUGUGGCCUGGCUUCGGUGAGAACGCCCGCGUGCUAGAGUGGAUCUUCAAACGCUGCGGCAGAGAGAGAGAGGACGAGGCAGCCAAAAAGAGCAUUAUCGGCUGGGUGCCACAAGAUGGCGCCAUCGACACUAAAGGCCUGGGCGGCAAGGUGGAUAUGGGGGCCCUGUUCGAUGUGCCCAAGCCUUUCUGGCAGAAGGAGACCCAGGAGUUGAAAGCCUAUUUCACUCAGCAGGUCGGCGCUGACCUGCCAGCACAGGUGGAGGCUGAGCUGAAGGCACUGGAGGAUAGAGUACACAAUUAAAAAGCCUCCUGACAGGAAGUAAACAAAGAGGGAGGGAGGUACUCAGGAAGCAGAAUUCACUUCAUGAAAGUGUAAUCAGAACUAGUGACUGGGUUUACAUACACAGAAAUUUAUGAACGAAUAAACAAAGAAACAACAACAAAAAAAAUGGGUAGAAUGAAUCUUAUGUUGAAGAUUCAGUCAUAAAACCAGCAAUAAUGUGAAUAUUGAACUUUCCCUGUGUAUGAAAACGCAGUCAGUGACUCCUGCUUGUCCCUUUGUAAAGAGAAUUGAGAUGUGAGAUUAUCAGUGCAACACCUUCUGUUUUUGGACAUCACUUCACACUGUUGCUACAACACUUGAGGCUGCUGCUGGGUUGGUAGGAGGAACAUUGUACUGGAAUGCAACCAACGGUGCCUUUAAGAGUUUUAACAAUAACGAGUUCAGGCUGCUAAUGUUUACAGGCUGAAGCCCAAAGGUUUUUUUUUUUCAAAGAAAGAAAAUGCAAACAGAACAGUUUUAACUAAUGAAAGAGUUUUAAAUAAUGAAUUUUAUCACUGCUUUUUAACACUUAACAUCCCUGCCUGAGUACCGUCUUAAACAUAACACUGACUCAUGAAUCACUAAUCAUUCAAGAGAUCCCAUAAUGUUUUUGUUAUAAAAACACAUGUCUAUAUGUAUAUGAAUAUAUAUGUAUACACGUGUACACAUCAGAAGAAAGGAUUUUGUUUUAUACAUGCAGUCAGUGUUUUCAUUGAUUUGAAAACACUGACUGCUGGGUUAUUUAAUCAUUGGCGGGGAUGGUGUUAAAUACACUAAAUACACAUACAAUGUCCAGGUCUCAUGAAAUGUCAUUUAUUUUGAACUGGGAUUGAUGUUAAAAUGGGAAAAAAUCCCUAAAAGUGCAUUAACUGUUCAAAAGUGAAAAGUUUAGCAGGUUUUCUCUGAAGCCAAAGAUCACUAUGCAUUAUUCAUCUCACCACUUCAGAAAUAUUUGUGA